CAACACAUCCAACUUGACUUCAUCCUUUUAGUUUGUCUCUUCAUCAUGCUGCGGUUCUGAUAUAACGCGACAGUUUCACUCGUAAUGUUUACAGACACGACGUCGCUGUUUGUGAGGUGAUACAGCGAUUCAUACCAUGCAGAAUGGACAAGAAGGAAAACAUAGACAUUGCUUUUAAAACCACUGGAUGCACCUGGUUAAGUUCAGUCAGCGAUCAGGUUGGAGUUCCUUUGGAUCAGGUGAAUUUCAUUGCCUGUCAGCUGUUUGGAUUAGCAGCUGCAUUCUGGUUUCGCCUCUAUCUCAGUCCUCAACGUGCCACUCCUGAGGUCCGACAUGCGGUCGCUGCCGUUCUCGGAGCUUCGUCUGUCACCUUUUGCUUUGGCUGGUAUGCUGUACAUAUUUUCAUUCUGGUUUUGGCUUGUUAUGGGAUCAUGAUUAAAGCCAGCGUCCACAAUGUUCACAGAUAUACUAUGGUUGCAUCAAUCGGAUACCUAACAGUUUGCCAAGUGAGCAGAGUGUUCAUAUUCGACUAUGGCAUCCUGUCCACAGAUUUCUCUGGCCCUUUGAUGAUGAUAACACAGAAAAUCACUAGUCUCGCCUUCCAGGUGUAUGAUGGUAUGGGUCGAAAGCAGGAGGAACUUAAAGAUGAUCAGAGGCGACUGGCUGUACACUCUAAGCCAUCGCUGUUGGAGUACCUGAGCUACAAUAUAAAUUUCCUGAGUGUCUUGGUGGGUCCCUGUAGUAAUUAUAAAGACUACGAAGAGUUUAUAAAGGGCCAGCAUGUCCAGCACAGGCUGAAAAGAGUGAAAGACAGCAGCUUGCAACAGAACGGCUGGGAUAAAGUGCCUGAGCCAUCGCCUGUGAGGACUGUGAUUACUAAGCUCCUUGUGUGCGUUUGCUGUCUGCUCUGGUUCUUCAUCAUCACCCGGGCAUUCCCCAUAAAGUACAAUGUGGACCCACAGUUCAUCACGGAGGCCUCUUUCAUUAACAGAUUGGCCUAUGCCUUUGUUUCCAUCCAGGCAGCCAGACCCAAGUUCUACUUUGCAUGGACGCUUGCGGAUGCAGUACAUAAUGCAGCAGGUUAUGGAGUCAGCGGUGUGAAUGAGAGAGGAGAAGUGUCCUGGGACCUUGUCUCCAACGUUCGCAUCUGGGAGAUAGAGACAGCGACGAGUUUUAAAUCAUUUAUUGACAACUGGAAUAUACAGACUGGUCUUUGGCUAAAAAGAGUGUGUUAUGAUCGAGCGCCGUUUUACCGAACACCACUUACGUUUGUGCUUUCGGCCAUAUGGCAUGGAGUUUACCCAGGAUACUACUUUACAUUCAUCACUGCUAUACCCGUCACCUUAGCAGCUCGCUCCGUGCGCAGAAACUUCCGGACAUAUUUCUUGUCUCCUCGGCAGCUCAAGAUCUGCUAUGAUGUUGUGACCUGGGCUGCCACUCAGCUGACUAUCUGCUACACUGUCAUGCCCUUCCUUCUGCUGGCGUUGGAGCCCACCUUGAAGUAUUACAGAUCGAUGUACUUUCAUGUGCAUGUCAUCAGCAUUCUGGCUAUGAUCCUCCUGCCUGGCAAACCCAGGAGCUUCAAGCCUGAAAACCAUGACCUGCAUUCCAACAACAAUGUGAAGGAGGACUGAAGAGUGUGUGCGUUUGUGCGUGUAUGUGUGUGUGUGUGUGCGCGCCUUUGUGCGAACUGAGGGAGCAACGACAUUGACGGACAAAGGCUACUUUGUGUGAACACAAAAAAAAAGCUGGGCCUUCGCUUGCUUACAGGCCGUUCGCAAACACACACAGACUAAACCUCACUAGGGAUGCACUCCAUUGAAAAGACACACACAUAAGCAAUGAUUUCAUGAGAACAAAUAAGGGAAUGCACAGUUUGAGAUCGAGUCCGAGUCCUAACAAGGCAGCUAUUUGCAAGAUUUCCCUAGGAAAAUGAACGCUGCCCAUUUUAAGGGUCUUUUAACUAGUUUAACACUGUAUGCUAGAGAGAAGGAGGGAUCCUUAAUUGUACGUUGUUUGCUAAUUUAUUUUAGAUGUAGUUGUGGUACUGAUGCUGAGAGUCGAGUGAGGUUUUUAUAGAAACGAAUAUUAAUGUGCAGACAGUAACUUAGUUUUGUGGUGUAAAGACGUCUGUUGUGAGUAUGCAAUGCGUAACUGCUGUGAAUAUUGAAUGAAAGUACUGCUGCAAUAUUAACUCAUGAAAAAUGGAAAUAGAAUUACACGUGUUGUGAAUGGUGAUGCCUAAAUAAAUGUUAAAGUUUUUAAAAUGGA